ACGCUCCGAGGGUCACGCAAGAAUAUACCCAAGCUAUCAUCUGUCAGCUUGCAGAGGCAAAAAUGGUACUGGAACUUCACAUCUGGGGCCCGGCAUUCUCCCUGCCAUCAAUUGACGCCCAAUGCCUUGCUACAAUCGCAUAUUUUGUGAAGACGGUUCCCAAGGGCAAAUGGGUGGUGGUUGCGUCGAGUGAUCCUUCUGUGUCGCCUACAAAUGAGUUACCGGCAUUGAAAGAUGGACAGAUAUGGGUUUCCAAAUUUCGGAAUAUAGUCGAUUAUGUACGCCAGUAUUCGGAAGGGAAAUGGGAUCUUGAUGCGGAUUGGGAUGGGUUGGAUAAAGCGGAUAUCACAGCGUUCUCCGCCUUCCUCGAGUCCAAUGGUCAACUCCUCCUUGAUCUUUCGCUCUACGUUUCCAGCCAGAAUUACUACGCCGGUACAUCUCCCGCUUACGGAUCUAUACUCACCUGGCCGAAUCAAUGGAUCUUACCUCCGAAGUUGCGUAAUGCCGCCAAACAUCGUACAGAACAUCUGGGUCUCUCUUCACUGGACCUCGAAGCGACUGAGGAACAACAAAGGGAGCGUGAACGGGCAUCAGCCGGUGUCUCAGCGGGACAGAUUCCGAAAAGUCUGAUUGCGCGACCUCGCGAGACUGUUUCGACGUUAUUGGGUAAAACGGCGCAAUAUAGUCAGUUCCGGCUUGAGGCUUUGACAGCAGAGUUGUUUGAGCCACUUGACCAGCUGUUAGGCGCGAAGAAGUAUUUGCUAGCUGAUGGGCAACGACCGUCAAGUUUGGAUAUGUUGGUGUUGGGUUAUUUGUCGCUUGUUUUGUUUCCCGAAGUACCUGCUGCAUGGCUUCGGGAGUCGCUGCGAACGAAGACGCCUCGACUGGCCAAGUAUGUGGAAAGAAUGCGCGUUGAAUGUUUUGGUGGUGUUGUGAUGCUUGAAGAUGCAUUCCCGGAAACAGCCGAGGUCAAAGCAAAAUCUGUUCUUCCGUGGAAACAACCCGAGAGAAUCAACGCAGUCAAGAUUGGCAGCACCCUACUCAAAACUCUCGCGGACGCUACUCCGAUCUUAAAAGAUUUUCGCAUGAACAGUCGAUUACAGCAAGCUGCCAAAUCAUCGCCGGCCGGGUUAGACGAUAGAGAAGCGAAAACCGUCUCGAAUUAUGCGAAUGCACAGCGUCGGGAUUUGUAUAUCUCGAUUGCAUCGGCUGCUGCUGGAGUGGUAGCUAUGGUGGGAUAUUUGACGUACAAUGGGGUCAUCAAUUUAGGCGGCGACAAUUACUAUGAGGAAGAAGAUGAGGAAGCAUAUGAGCCGGAAAGUUUAGAUAAGAUGACUGCUCCCACUGUUGCGAGUUUGUUUGGUUGACCUCUUCCUUCUUUUCCUCUAUUUUCUUUGACCUGUACGCCAUCUUUUCUUCUCACUUUUUGCAUAUAUCUAGACCGAGCGGGCGUUUUUUCCUUUGUCUGAUCUCACGUUGUUCUGAUAUCGCGAGUGAAUGUACCAUAGUUUAUCUGAUGUACUAUGUAU